UUCCCGGAGACACCUCUCCAGGGCGCGGCGGGGGAGCCGCCCCGAGCCGGCGACUGCUCGCCCCGCGAGGUUGGGACAUGCGCCGCGGCGCUGCCGCCCGGGGUUAGUCACGGCGGGGCGCCGGCCCCGAGUUCCCACCCAGGGAGCGCGGCGGCAGCAGCAGCAGCACUAACCGGUGUCUCUGGCGUACGGACCGAGCGCGGCCGCCUGCCUCCCGCCCGCCUCUCUCUCCCUGCUUGCCUUCCCCUCUCCCGGGUGCGUGAGGAGAGAUAACAAUGGUGGGGCGCAGCCGCCGGGCCCCCGCCCUCGCCUAGUGGAAGCGAGUGCCCCGCGGGCGCUGCUCCGCCGCCCCGCCCUGCGGCGGCCCCGGGCCGCGGACCGCGUUGCAGCCGGCGGCGGUGCCGGGAGGCGAUGGUGCCUGCGCCGGGGUUAGUCUGAUCGCCGCUCCCCGCCUCGCCGCCUCCGGUGCCGGCGGCGCUCCCGCGGGGCCAGCGCCCGCCGCCUCCCCGGCCGCCGCGCUCCUCGGGCUUGCGGCCGCCUGACACAACUUGGGAGCUCCUCCGGAAAAGCAAGAAUAGCGAUAAUAAUUUAGAACAAGGCGGAGAAGCGGAAGAAGCGAGUGGAUAAUGUCAACCCCGAGCAGAUUCAAAAAGGACAAAGAGAUUAUAGCGGAGUAUGAAAGUCAAGUGAAAGAGAUCCGAGCUCAACUCGUUGAGCAACAGAAAUGCCUGGAGCAGCAGACUGAAAUGAGAGUGCAGCUUCUUCAGGAUCUGCAGGAUUUCUUCCGCAAGAAGUCGGAAAUAGAGAUGGAGUAUUCCCGAAACCUGGAAAAACUGGCAGAGAGGUUCAUGGCAAAAACAAGAAGUACAAAGGAUCAUCAGCAGUACAAGAAAGACCAGAACCUCUUGUCACCAGUGAAUUGCUGGUACUUGCUGCUGAACCAGGUGAGAAGAGAAAGCAAAGACCAUGCAACAUUGAGUGAGAUCUACCUGAACAAUGUGAUCAUGAGAUUCAUGCAGAUAAGUGAAGACUCCACCAGGAUGUUCAAGAAGAGUAAAGAGAUUUCAUUUCAGCUUCAUGAAGACUUAAUGAAAGUACUUAACGAGCUUUACACAGUCAUGAAAACAUACCACAUGUAUCAUGCAGAGAGCAUCAGUGCAGAAAGCAAACUCAAGGAGGCAGAGAAGCAAGAAGAAAAACAGAUUGGGAGGUCAGGAGACCCUGUUUUUCAUAUUCGACUAGAGGAAAGGCACCAGAGACGGAGCUCUGUGAAAAAGAUUGAAAAAAUGAAGGAAAAACGUCAAGCAAAGUAUUCUGAAAACAAGCUGAAGUCCAUUAAGGCCCGUAAUGAAUACCUGCUCACCCUUGAAGCAACUAACGCUUCUGUUUUCAAGUAUUACAUUCACGACCUUUCGGAUUUAAUUGAUUGUUGUGAUCUUGGAUACCAUGCUAGUCUGAACAGAGCCCUAAGAACAUACCUUUCUGCAGAGUAUAACCUUGAAACUUCCAGGCAUGAGGGAUUAGACAUCAUUGAAAAUGCAGUUGACAGCUUGGAGCCACGCAGUGACAAGCAGAGAUUCAUGGAAAUGUAUCCCACUGCUUUUUGUCCACCAAUGAAAUUUGAGUUCCAGUCUCAUAUGGGUGAUGAGGUUUGCCAGGUCACUGCCCAGCAAACUGUGCAAGCAGAGCUUAUGCUUAGAUAUCAACAACUACAGUCACGAUUGGCUACACUCAAAAUUGAAAAUGAAGAGGUUAAGAAAACAACAGAGGCUACCCUGCAGACAAUACAAGAUAUGGUCACCAUUGAAGAUUAUGAUGUGUCAGAGUGUUUCCAGCACAGUCGCUCAACAGAGUCUGUGAAGUCAACAGUCUCUGAGACAUACCUGAGUAAGCCUAGCAUUGCAAAAAGAAGAGCUAACCAGCAGGAAACAGAGCAAUUCUAUUUCAUGAAAUUCAGAGAAUAUCUGGAAGGUAGCAAUCUCAUCACAAAACUUCAAGCAAAACAUGACUUGCUGCAGAGGACACUUGGAGAAGGUCACAGGGCUGAAUACAUGACAACAAGGCCUCCAAAUCUUCCCCCUAAGCCCCAGAAACACAGGAAGCCCAGACCCCGAUCACAGUGUAGUGCUAAGUUGUUUAAUGGUGAUUUGGAGUCGUUCAUCAAGGAUUCAGGGCAAGUCAUUCCUCUUAUUGUGGAAAGCUGUAUCAGAUUUAUAAAUUUAUAUGGUCUUCAGCAUCAGGGAAUUUUUAGAGUGUCUGGUUCCCAGGUGGAAGUCAAUGAUAUUAAAAAUUCAUUUGAGAGAGGUGAAAAUCCUUUGGCAGACGACCAAAGUAACCAUGACAUUAACUCAGUUGCUGGAGUACUGAAGCUCUAUUUCCGAGGGCUGGAAAAUCCUGUCUUUCCUAAGGAAAGAUUUAAUGAUCUUAUUUCUUGUAUCAGAAUAGACAAUCUCUAUGAGAGGGCUCUUCACAUCCGCAAACUCCUCCUUACUCUGCCCAGGUCGGUCCUUAUAGUGAUGAGAUACCUCUUCGCCUUCCUCAACCACCUUUCACAGUACAGUGAUGAAAACAUGAUGGAUCCAUACAACUUGGCCAUUUGUUUUGGGCCAACCUUGAUGCCUGUUCCAGACAUACAAGACCAGGUGUCUUGUCAGGCACAUGUGAAUGAGAUAAUCAAAACUAUCAUCAUCCAUCAUGAGGCUAUUUUUCCAGAUGUUAAAGAACUUGAUGGACCAGUGUAUGAAAAAUGCAUGGCUGGAGAUGACUAUUGUGACAGCCCAUACAGUGAACAUGGUACCUUAGAGGAGGUGGACCAGGAUGCCAGUACAGAGCCCCACACCAGUGAAGACGACAGUAUAGCUAUACUUUAGAAGAACUCCUUCUUCCAUUGGAGGUAUGAAGCAAGAGUGGAAGCUGAGGAAGUCUGCCUGUCUCUCAUUUAGAGCACAAGUGAAGUGUAGAUGACACACCAGUUCAAUAUAUUGGGGCCAACUUCACGGUCUCAUGACCAAACUGAGACAAAGGCAUGAGUGGAAAAGGACAUGGAGAAGAAGUGCAGCUUUUCAGCAGCCAUCAAAAGCAGUUACUUCAAAGCCAUGCCUAGGAAAGAUGAAAACAUCAGCAGGAUACAGAGGAGCUGGACUGUGGCAUUGCAUGAUGCAUCAUUUGUGCCUCGAUCAUCACAGGCUCUACCCCACCACUGCAUUGUUACACCAGUUUUACAUUCCUGUCAUAGUGUUACUUGUGUUGUGACUGUCACUGGGGAAGAAAAACCCUGAAGAGAAUACCUGUCAACAGGACAAAGUUCUGUUAAAAUAUUUAACUGCUCAAGACAUGGGUUUUUGUUCACCAGAUCACCCAGUAGUUUAACUCUAGUUGCCUCAUCACACCUUUUUAAUUAAUUCAGUGCCAAAAGGAAGCGGACAUUUGUGUUUACAGAGAAAUAAUUGUUAGCACAAAAACAUUUGUAAGCUAGAUAAAUACUGCUGCAAAGCUGAAGGUCAACAAGCCUGGAUCACACACAAAAACUGUUGGUUUUCAAUUCCCAAUCUGCAAGCUCUAAUCCAUUUUUUUUCCAUGAAAAUGGCUUUCUGUUGUAAUAGCACAUUUUUCUAAUGUAGGUUAUAGGCUAUAAAUUAAAUGCACUCACUCUCACUUUGCACAUAUAUUUAUAUGUUAGUGCUCUGGGCGAUUCCUUUUAAAAAUACUACUAACACCAGAUAUGAGAAUAGGUGACAAUUUUUCAGUUUGUUUAUUGAAUUUCAUGAGAGUCAGUGAUUGACACGUGGUGGAUAACAAAAACCCUUCUACUAAAGGGUCUGGAGCAUUUUGGGGGAGUAAUGUGAUUAAUUCAUUGAUUACAAAAUGGAUGCAUCACUGCCAGCUGGAUGUGGAGAGAGAAGGGGAGGUGCUGCAUUGCUGCUCCAUUGAUAUGACACGUGGUACUUACACGGUUUCCUCUGCUAAGACAUGCAAGAAGAAGAUCCUGUAAAUGCUAAGGGGUUUUAUUUCAUGUUGAAAAUCUGAUUAGUUUUAUGCUAAAAUGUUGUAUACAUACGUAAGACCGAGCUUCCUAACCCCCCAGGAAUUACAGGGUCAUUGAAACAUAAUCCAGAGGUUACAAUCAAAAUCAAAAGGAUUUAUUUUACUUACUGUUGUAAAGUUAAACUGCAAGUGGCUCCCUCUGUGCCUACUAUAAAAAACCCAUCUGUAAGGGGCUAUGUCAGUAGUGCUAGAAAUGUUCAUUACAAUUUAAAAAACAACAAGACCUUAAUAAUUGAAAAUUUAAUUAUGUCUGCAGAGGUAAGAUGCAGUAGAUUGGGGGAAAAAAAGAGUAGCACAUGUAAAUGAGCAUAUAAACACUUCAUAACUACUUUAUUUUAAGCAUAUAAGUUGUUGUGGAUUUUUCCCCCUAAGUUUACAGGUGUUCAUGUAUUUCAGUUGAUCACUGGAAAGGGAAGCAGGAAAGAAAAGGAGAUGCAUUUUACUGUGGUGUUUUCAGGCUUUUUUAGAUAAACAGAAAGUUUUCUGAUAAGGGAAACAUACAAGUUUUUCCUUUCUCCUAGAUCUGGAAAUGAAAUUUAAUUUGUGAAGUUCAGAACAUUUGUACUCAGGCUGAGACAAAAAAAAAAAUCAAUCUGUAAUUUUGCUGCAGACAAACCUUUACCUGAAAAUGUCUCUGCAGUAAAGAUUCAAAGGACAUUGUUCAUGUUUUACUGAAACAGCUGUUAGCAUAUUUCCUUUACCUUCAAAUUGAUGGAGACUUUUUAUUCUAGUUGGAGUCAUAUGGUAAGUAAAGAGUGACUAGAUCUGUUUUUGCAAAGGAAGUAAACAUUUCCUGAGGAAGUUAGAUAGAUGGAGUUCUCCUAGGAAAACAUACAUAAAAUUAAUACCAUACUCUUCAUAGAUACCUCACAAACUUUGUGUAAAACUUUAAAUGGUAUUUCUGCCAAAAACAAAACUUAUAGGGACAUGUCAGAUUGUGAGUUGAUGUGUUCCCAAUGCAUAGUCAUGUUCUUGCUCAUCAGUAGUGCAUGCUGUGAUCAACACUUUGCCAAAUUAUGUUUUGUCAACACCUUGAAACAAAAAUAACAAAAAAGUUCUUUGCUUUUGCUCUUCCCAGUCUGUUGUCCUGAGGACAGGACUUUGAAAUUGCAAAACCACUGUAUUCUCUGAUGGAAUGCAGAAGAUAAAGAAAUAGGGAGAUAGCAUCUUCCUGGGGAGUUCAAGGACAUCCUUUAUUCCCAACAGACAGGGUACACCUGGAAAAACUGAGGAAAACAGAGCAGAGCAACAGCAACUCCCCUAGAAAAAGUGCAAGGGGUGUUGCUCCUUGUGCCUGAGUGAUAGAGGGCAGCCCAGGGCCAAUUCAGUGCCAUCACCUCUGUAGGGAGGUUAGGUCUACAUCUGGCACUCCAAUCCCAAAAUUAAAACUGACACAUCUCUUCUGCCCUUUCUGCUCUCCCAAGCAGCAGAAGUUUUUUCCCACAGUUCUUCAGUUUGUCCUAAUUUUUUACUUCCAUAGCAUUACCUCAUUCACUAGAGGUGAUAGCUGAUGAUGUCCUGUAUGCCAUCAAAUACUUCUUGGUAUUUUAGCUGAAUGCCUGCAGGUAUGGACAGAGCAGUGCAAUUACACUUCCCUCUGAGCUGUCAGUUUUACUGUUAGACAUUCAGUACCAUACAGAAUUUGAGUUCCAGAUCCCAGAUUGCCUUAGCUUUUUGGAAAUACUCAUCUGUCAUUCAGUAACCUUGAUAUUAAAUGGCUUAACAAUCCAGAAUGCAUUUAUGUAUAGGAGUAACUGUCAUGACACUUUGGUUUUCACUAUUAAAGCUUGACAUAUAACAAGGUAAAUUACUAUUUAAGAGCAGUCUCAGUACUGUUUGCUGUAGGAGAGUUAUCUCUGUGUAUAAAGAGAUGAAAACAGCCAUUUCACAGUAGGAAACCUGUCUGAACUCAUUUUUUGUCCUCUUCAAGAAAUCUGUGUGAGAUUACUGGGCACUCCUCCCUGAGGAGGUGGGAUUUGUUACCCAGGCAAUCUGAUGUGCAUGUCUCAAAAGUCACAUCCAUUAUGGGUACAUUAACAAUUCAUACAGCUGGUUCCAGUGGGACAACAUCAUUCAGACCUCUGAGAAGUACGUGAGUCUUGCAGGUGGUGGAAGGACACAAUAAACAGGAUUCUCAUUGUGCACCACACUUAGACAAUCUAAUUCCACUGAGCAAGAUAGAACUAUUUCUAGUUUAGUCCACCAAUUUGUAAAUAAAAAGACCUGUAUACUCAGCUGUGGGAUACUGUACAGUCUGUUGAAGUUAGCAGAGAACAGGAAAUUCCAUGGCUAAUCAGUGUAGGGGUUUGUCCAUCAGUCCAGUACUCACGAGUAUUACCACUUAACUGCAGAGAAUGUCUAAGGAAAAUCUGUGCGGGAAAUUUGGGAUUUUAUGAUUUACUAUAAAACUAUUUUGUUUGGUUGGCUUAAUUUUUUUUUUUUUUAAUUUACAUUUUGAAAUAUUGCCUGUUAGUGAGUGACUGGCUCAUUAAAGCCUGGGAGGUUUUAUUUCUGAAUUCUUGACCAGCUCUACCAUAACAAAUAAAUUAGCUGUAAUCUGAGAACAGUGUUCAUACAAAUGGCUUCUCCUCUUCAAUCCUACCUGAUUCCAGUAUUUCCUUCUUAUAACAAAUUCCAUGAGCAAUGCACAUGAUAGGAGAAGAAGAAAUAUGUUCUUUUGUCAGUGUUACAUUAUUGCCAUUUUGUAUUGCCAUUUCAUACUGCCCUCUUAAAGACCAUGCAAGAUAAACAGGAAUGUUUGGUUUUACCUCUUUCAUUUUCUGUGCCUUACAGUUUUCAUGGCAUCUGCAUUUUAUGUUUAGAGAGAGACUGUAGGAAUGACAACAGGGUAGUAUAUUAUAUCACAUCACACCACCAUUAGAGAUUUCCCAGUUUUCUUUCUAUGUCAACUUUGUAUUUUCUUUGCUUGAAAACAUAAAACCAAGAAACCCUUCAGCCCCACCCACCAGGGAAUGCCAGUUAGUGAGAGGUUCACAUCAGGCUGAACAAAGACAUCAGACACAUAUGAGGGAGCUCUUGUGUUUUAUUGUACAGUCACCAUAACUUUGGCCACCAGCCCAAUAUUUAGACUCAAAAGGUGUUGGCUAACACAUCCUUAAAUUUCCUACAACAGACUUUCACAAGAGUGGAGGUGAACAAGCCCUUAAUUUUGUACAGUACAGUUCAGUAAGUUCUCAACUCCAACAGCACACAACCAAAGGUGCUGACUCACAAGUCACAGUACAUUUGAUAUUCAAAGCUGCUGGCUCACAAGCUCUUUCCUCCCACAACAAACUUCAAAGCAGAGUAUGGGGUAGAAUAUGAUGGCUGUGCUUUGCCCAAGCAAGGCAAGAGAAGAAAACAAAAAAUAACACCCGUGAUUAGAUCCCACAUUGUUGCUGCCUUGUCAGCAGUCCAGAACAGGGGCUGUGGGACAAAGAAAGCAAAAGAGGUAAGGAAAGGAAAAAGACAACAGAAAAGAGAAUAUGGUCCUCUACAGCCAUUUAGUAGGGAUGCAUUUUCAGGAAUGAAUACUGUUAUUGCUAGGUUCUUAUUUGUAUUUAUAUAACUGAAAUAAUUUCUACCACUGUACAUUACUUUUGUGUUUGUAACAGUGAAUUCCCCAUAUCUCUGUAUUCCAUCUCUGUAAAGUUUCUGAGUUAGUAACUUCUAAACACACUGCAGUCACUGACAGGAACACUUAACAUGACUGCAAAAGCAGCAAACCACAAGACAGUCUUCUGCAGGCUGGGCAAGUUAUUAAAAAAACAAGCUAAAAACUAUAACCUCAAUAAAGGUGCUGUCAUUAUGUUUUCACACUGUAGAAGUUAAUUUUAAAAAGACAUUCCUGUACAAUAUGUUGCCAUAAAGGGACAGUGGCUUUCAUUACCAGCCUGGUUCUUUGGGGAAUUACAACCUCAGCAAUUUUAAUUUGCACCACCCAGAAAGUUGCUAUGCUAGUCAUUAGCCCAGAUGUUAAUUUCCAUCUAAAUAUUGCUCUAAUUAUGUAAAGAAAUUAGUCAUUUCAGGGACUCUUGAGUUACUGGAAUCAUCAGAGUAUGUGAUUUUUAGACCUGUAUUUUGCAGUUUUUUCUUUAUGUUUCGAGAGUUUGAUGACAAAAUUUAAUCUGUUAGAGCUCAGGUGCUUUUGAUUUUAUGCAGACAAAAUAAGAACUUGUUAAAAUCACAGCUUCUUGCAGGAUGCCUGAGCACAGCUCUGGCCAUACCUGCAGGGCCCCUUUGCUGACAUCAGUAGGUCUCCAUCCCAGUGCAGGUUAAAGGAUGGAGCCCAUUUCCAGUCUAAGACUGAAUUUUUCAGCAUUCUGACAGAGGAUUAGCCAGGACUGCUGCAGCCAGUGUUUGCUUUCAGAAAACACCAGCCUCCCUGCAGAAACCAGGGCAGCUCAGGAUUUUGAAGCAGGCAGAGCUGCUUUAAGCAACUUGAGGCCACACAGGGACUGUCCCUGUGGUCUGGAGCCGUCUUGUCUCCCUCCAAAAGGGCACUAAGGAAGUGGAUUAUAAAGCACAAGGCUUUGGUGCUGUGUAAAACACAAGGUUUCAGUAGGUCUGCAUGCUCAUCACGUAAAAGACAAAAAUUCCAUGGCCCAGUUAGGCAGGGUAUCCCUACUCAUGCACAGACUAAUCUUGUCUUCCUUCCUUUGCCACUGCAGAUGGCAAAAGCACUCCUAUUUACUUUUCCCUUAUCAUGCUGGUUCCUUGGGCCUUUGACUAUUCAUCUGAGCCUGUUCUUUUUAUUUUCAGAAGUCUUUAUUGCCUGGCCUCCAUCCCACUCUCCAGCCAAGCAGGAGCCCUUCCAGCAGGAGGCAGAGGCCUCUCUCCCAAAGGCAGUUAUAACAUUUGAGUAUGCUGUUGUUUUCUGCAGCUCCUGAAGCAACCCAGAUGUUUCCCACCUGGGACACAGAUUGAUUAUGUUUCUUUGUAAGGGGCACAUUAUAACCAUUGCCUGAAGUCUGCCUUCUUUCAGCUGAUCUCUGUCAGAAUGAGCACUGAGAAAAUGCAAAAAAUGGGGUUUAUAAAACUAAAAUGAGUGAUAGGAAUCUGAUAUUUGUUGUUCUU